GGACUCAAAACUGAAUUGAUUUCUAAUUCUGACAGACUUGGUAGUUGGUAAAGUUAGGUUUUUGAUCAUUAUUCAUUAGUCAUUACGAUUUACCAGUUUGGGAAAUUGGGAAUGGAACGAAGCCCUUGUAAUUUCCGAGUCGCCGCCGUUCACGAUUCUAUGUUUGAUGUGAUUUUUUUUUGUUUUGUUUUUUCUAUUUUUAAAAGUCAAAUGUAUACUAAAGUAACUAAACUGAUCUAUCAAGAGUCUGCAGAGAUUGAGUCUGAAACAAUUUUUAUCAACAUGCCAAGCUUUUUGAAGAUGGAAAUCUUUUCAGAACUAAAAAAAAAAAUUGAACUUGGACAGGCAAAAGUACUUAAUAUAGGGUAAAGCUCUAAAGUUACUUCAUGAAAAUUAAAAUACUUACAAAAAGCAUGUUUUUGAGUGAAUUCCAUAGCGUUGGAAGGGGCUUGCCAUGAACUUCCUCACACUCUGCUUCCACUAGUAGAUUCUCAAAUAGAAUUAGUAAAUUGGUCAAAAGAAGAGAGAGGGUACUGAGUGGUGAAUUGUUCAGAAAUAAAUUGGUAAUUUUUUUUAGUAAUUACCCAAAUAGGAUUUUCUAUGCCUUAAUCAGUCAAUUGUCUAAAGAAAUAUUGUUAAUUAACUAAAAUUGAAUUAAACAACAGUUGAUUUUGGUUGAUAUAUUUUGAUUUAGCCCACCCCAUUGAGAAAUACUGGAUCCGCCCUUGAUAAUGGUUUCCUUGGAUAUGGCCUAAAGUAAAUUUUCUAUUUUUUUUUGGCUCUCAAAUGCAAACCCACAAUACAAUUACUCAGGGUUUUAGUUUUAAAUAUUUCCCCACUUCCAAUUUUUUAUGCACUAUUCUUUCAAUUUUCACCCAUAAUUACCCAUUUGAAUGGCAAUUCCUAUAAGAAUAUUCUUUGAAUUGAGUUUGCUUUUAUGCCGCAUAAAGAAUGUUCAAAGUAUAAUCAAACAUAUUAAUAAAGAAUAUUGAUGUAUGAAAAAUAAAAAUAAAAAGGAAAAAGGAAAAAAAGAUAAAACAGAGAGCCCAAAGAGAGUUUUAGGUGGCAACAUUUAGAGUCGGCAAAUGGACCUAAAAUCUUAAUUGGGGGAGAGAGACAAAGAUAUAUUUCUAUAUCUGAAAGGGUAAUUGUGGUAUUUAAAAAUAAUAAUUAUUUAUUUAUAAAAGUAAGGAUAAUAGUGUUAUCUUUUUUUUUAAGAAUGUAGUGCAACUGUUGAAAUGUGGAGUGCCAAUAUAUUCGCUCCCUAUAUAUUAAUGACAAUAGGAGGAAAAAUAACACACUUUGGUGACUAUUGCAGAACAUAGCUAGCUGCCACGUUCCUCGCUUCCUCCACAAGUAUAUUUAUGAUUGCUUCGACGGGUAGAAAGUCUACUAUCCCAACCCAAAAAAAUUUCAAUGUAUUAAGAUGCAUUUUUUUAAUCAAAAUGAAUCACAAAAAUCUAUACUCAAUCUAUAGAAGUUGUUCAUACAUUGCUGCAUUGGUCCCUAACUCCGUUCAUGCAAACAUUACAAAACCAUUUGGAUUUUUCCCUAACACCGAGGAGGCUUUAGCAAGUAAACUUGCAUCAAUCUUGCAAGCCUGUCCAGACCAUUUUGUGCUUCAACAAGGCCAACAACUUCACGCCCAGAUCAUUGUCAAUGGAAUUGGCUUCACAAGUUCUCUGGGCACAAAGAUUUUGGGUAUGUAUGUUCUUUCCCGCAGUUUCUUGGACGCCAGGAAAAUGUUUCAUCAGAUUGAAUUGUGGUAUGCUUCGCCUUGGAAUUGGAUGAUUAGAGCCUUUACUCUGAUGGGUCGCUUUGAUUUUGCAUUGUUGUUUUACUUUAAGAUGUUGUGUUUUGGCACUUGUCCUGAUAAAUAUACUUUUCCAUAUGUAAUUAAGGUCUGUGGUGCUCUGAAUGCUGUGCAUUUGGGAAAAUCGAUUCACAGAACAAUUCAGUUAAUGGGUUUUGAGAUGGAUGUGUUUGUGGGUAGUGCUCUGAUUAAAUUUUAUGCUGACAGUGGUUGUAUUGAUGACGCACGCCACUUGUUUGACAAGUUGACUCAGAGAGAUAGUGUUCUGUGGAAUGUGAUGCUUAGUGGUUAUGUGAAAAAUAGGGACUCAGAUAAUGUUAUUGGGUUGUUUAGGGAGAUGAGAGACACUGAAAUUAGGCCCAAUUCGGUAACAUAUGCAUCUGUAUUGUCUGUGUGUGCGUCGGAAGCAUUGAUUAAUUUCGGUACUCAGCUUCAUGGGCUUGUUACUAUAUGUGGAUUGGAGAUGGAUUCUCCAGUGGCUAACACAUUGGUUGCAAUGUAUUCUAAAUGCCGUCGCUUGUCUGAUGCUCGUAAGUUGUUCGAGACAAUGCCAAAGGUCGAUUUAGUGCCUUGGAAUGGGAUGAUUGGCGGGUAUGUCCAAAAUGGGCUUAUGUGUCAGGCUUCAGAUUUGUUUUGUGAGAUGAUCUCUGCUGGUAACAAACCGGACUCUAUCACCUUUGCAAGUUUUCUUCCAUCAAUAGCUGAAUCCGCAAGUUUAAAUAAAGGUAAGGAGGUUCACGGUUAUAUUGUAAGACAUGGCGUUACUUUGGAUGUGUUUUUGAAGAGUGCACUUAUUGAUAUAUACUUCAAGUGCAGGAACGUAGAGAUGGCUCGCAACGUUUUCAACCAGAGUACUGCAACAGAUGUUGUCAUUUGCACCACAAUGAUUUCAGGGUAUGUCCUCAAUGGGAUGAAUAUUGAUGCUUUAGGAAUUUUCCGGUGGAUGCUUCACGAGCAAAUGACGCCCAAUGCAGUAACACUGGCAAGUACUUUACCGGCUUUUGCUGCUUUGGCUGCUCUGAAUUUGGGUAAGGAAUUGCAUGGUUACAUCCUCAAGAAUGGGCUUGUAGGAAGGUGUUAUGUGGCAAGCGCAAUGACAGAUAUGUAUGCAAAAUGUGGAAGAUUGGAUAUUGCUUGUCAAAUUUUCAGAAUGAUGUCAGAUAGAGACUCUGUUUGUUGGAACUCAAUGAUCACAAACUAUUCUCAGAAUGGAAAACCAGAAGAGGCCAUUGAUCUUUUCCGCCAAAUGGGUAUGGAAGGAGCCAAGUAUGACUGUGUCAGCGUGUCAGCUGCUCUUUCUGCUUGUGCAAAUUUACCAGCACUCAAUUAUGGGAAAGAGAUCCAUGGUUUUAUGAUGAGAGGUGCGAUAAGCUCUGAUCUCUUUGCUGAGAGUGCACUAAUAGACAUGUACGCUAAAUGUGGAAACUUGGACUUAGCAUGUCGUGUGUUUGACAGGAUGCAAGAAAAGACCGAGGUUUCGUGGAAUAGCAUCAUUUCUGCUUACGGGAAUCACGGCCGCUUGAAGGAGUCUCUGACCUUAUUUCAUAAAAUGAUGGAAGAAGGGUUUCAGCCUGACCAUGUCACUUUUCUUGCCGUAAUAUCUGCUUGUGGCCAUGCAGGUCAAGUAGAUGAAGGAAAUCACUACUACCGUCGCAUGACCAAAGAAUAUGAUAUUGCAGCUCGGAUGGAACAUUAUGCGUGUAUGGUUGAUUUGUUUGGGCGAGCAGGUCGUUUAAAUGAAGCAUUUGAAAUCAUAAAGAGCAUGCCAUUUGAUCCGGAUGCAGGUGUGUGGGGGACACUACUUGGAGCUUCUCGGGUCCAUGGCAAUGUCAAGCUUGCGGAACUGGCAUCAAGGCAUCUUUUUGACUUGGACCCACAGAAUUCUGGCUACUAUAUACUGCUAUCAAAUGUUCAUGCUGAUGCUGGUAAAUGGGAGAGUGUUCUUAAAGUACGAAGCAUGAUGAAAGAAAGAGGAGUACAAAAGAUACCUGGUUACAGCUGGAUUGAGGUGGACAACUGUACCCAUACGUUUGUUGCUGCAGACACAAGUCACCCACAGUCUUCUCAGAUCUAUCUAUUAUUGAAAAAUCUUCUUCUUGAGCUGAAAAAAGAGGGAUAUGUUCCACAAGUUUACCUUCCAAUGCACCCACAGACCAUUGGGGUAUGAUUCUGAGCGACAAUUGAUCAUUGAGGAUUCUGUUCUCUUCUUAGAUUCUUUUGCUGAAGAAAUUAGUGCAGUGAUGACUGAUGUGGAGAAAAGAAGCAUGUUUGCAGAAUUAUGCCACUUGGACGGUCUGCUUACACUCAUCGAGUAUUUUCUUAUAGAACAAAGAGUUCUUGUAUAUAGCGAUGUAGAUUCUGAUUUAUCAGUUGUUUGUAAUUCAAAAGUCGUCAUCCUUCUGAAUGGUACGGAUAUAGACUUGUCAUCUGAAACAGCUUCGACUCACCAGUUGGUUGCUGGGGGCAUUGUAUUAGUUUCAAUAUGUGCAGUUGACCACAUAGGUUUUAUAUGUGAAGCUUCAUACAACAUUUCGAGGAUGCAGAAGUUUGAUUCUUCAUUGAUGCUGACUGUUCUUCACGUUUUUGCUCAUAUCUGUGGAUCUAAGUAUUUUAGUCUUGAAAAAUACAGUUUAUUGAUGACUGUGUUGAAAUCUUAGUUAUGUUUUUUGAGAGAGCAACUUUAUUGAGUGAUUCUGCUUGUGGUCUUCCAUCUCUUACGGAGGUCCGGGCUGGAUUUCCUUCUUGUACCAAAUGCCCUUUUUUCUGAGGGUGCAGUUUCCAUGGAUGUUGUUUCACUGCUCUUGGAAAAGCUUCAGAACUUCAUCUUUUCCGGUGCCAUGCAUCAAGAUCUGAUAAAAUCAGUCAAUUCUUCAAAAUCUGAAGCUGUUUCCAUCGAGGAGAAAGCCGGACAAAAUUCCGGUCAUGAAGAAGUCCAUUCUGACCUUUAUAUGAACUGCGACUUAUGCUGUUGUCUAAAUAAAUCUGGGAUGCUCACUACUCAAAUCAAAUUCUGUCUUUGGUGAGACUUUGUGCCACUUGAGUGAUAUCCUAUCCCUAGUUGAGCUGGUAGCAUGCAAGAUGAGCUGGGAUUGGACAUGCAACAACAUCGUUUUUCCGCUGUUAAAAAAGUUGGAAUCAUGCAUCCCAGAAAAUUAUUUAGCUGCUAUUUUAAUUCUUCUUGGUCAUCUGGGAAGGCUUGGAGUUGAUGCUAAUGGAUAUGAUGACAUUGGAGUUGGAAACCUGAGAUCUUGGUUGUCUUCUUUUUUAUGUCAGAACUCUACAAGAAAAUUGGGUCUUUCCAUCCGAAUUGCUGCCAUAACUGCUUUACUCGGGCUUCUUCCUGUCAAUUUUGAAGACCUCAUUAAGAGUAAUAUUGAGUUACCAGCAAUUGUCAGUAGAUUUCUUCCUGUUGAUUGUAUAAGGGAGUGGUUUUCUUUGUUGAGCAAUGAGCAACAGUCCUUGUUAUUUGACCUUCUUCAAUCUGCCGGCAUGACCAAUUGUGGAACUGGAUGGUUUACCAUGAUGUGUGCUCUGGCCCAAGUUUGAAUGGGACACUUCGUUGAAUCUUGUCUUUUGUAUUUAACAAGAAUCAGAUUAAAGUAGAAGUAAUUUUUUUUUAUUAUUUAUGAGAUUCACCAUUUUUAAGACCAUGAAGGGAUAAAGAAAAAAGGAACCAUGUGGUUUCUAGAUCCAAUGAGGAAUACAAGAGAGAGCCAAUCAAAGGCAUUUUUGUUUCACCUGUAAGUUCCAUUGCAGCAAAAUUGUGAAAUUUUGAACGUAUUUGUAUGUCCAUCAUUGUGGCUUUUACUCGAUCUUUGGUGAAUAUGAUUUUUUCCUAUAGAUUACCUUUA